CCACCCCCUUCUCACCCCUCUCCUCGCCCCCAGGGCUUCGGGCACUUGGUGCCUUCCUCCGAGGAUGACUCCCUCCUGGGCAUCGUCUACGACUCGGUGGCCUUCCCGCAGCACGACGGCGCGGGGCCGGCUUCGGUGCGGCUGACGGUGAUGCUGGGGGGAGCCUGGUUCACGCGAGCUUUCGGGGACCCGGCCGCCACCGCACCGGCCACGCUGCUGCACCGGGCGCAGGCGGCGGCGCGGGAACAGUUGGGGCUGGCGGCGGCACCGGCACGCGCCAUCGUCAGAGUACAGCAGGCCUGCAUCCCCCAGUAUACGCUGGGCCACUGGCAGCGAACGGAGCGCAUCAGCCGCUUCCUGGCGGAGCAGCGGCUGCCCCUGAGCCUCAUCGGCGCCUCCUACGCCGGGGUCUCCGUCAACGACUGCAUCGCCAGCGCCAAAGCGGCCGUCGGGCGGCUCCUGGGGGGCUGAGCCCCCUGGGGGGGAGGGGGAAAGGUCCCGGCCCAGCUCUCCUCGCCCAGCAGCCAGCAGCAGUAGGACAAAAAGUGUUGUUUUUUUAAUGGAAAACCCCUUAUAAAGACCCAGGGAGCAGCUCAUAAAUAGAAUAAAUAACCGCACACCAGCA